GAUAAAUAAAAAAAACAGAAAAUGACGUUUGAAUUUUAUUAUUUUUUAUUUAAUCUUUCAAAAUAAUUUACAAAAAAUUUAAAUAAUAAAAGUCAUAAAAAUUGCAAAAUCUUGAUUAUAAUUAAAUAAAAGAACCAGGAACUUCAAAAAAAUGCUUAUUCCUUGUGCUCCCGGAUUACUUGUGUUAUAUCCAAGUAUAAAGUUGGUGUGUUUCCUUCUGCCAUGUGCUGCGUUUCUCACCAUGAUGGGUGUUUAUCUUGGAGGAUUAUCGACGUAUUACAUUAAUGUAGCAUCUAUUAAGCUGAACGCUUUAGUGAACAGUACAUCAAUUUGAUCUAUUGUCUCACAAUAUCUGAAAUGGUCAAGUAAGCUCGGUAUAUAUAUAUAAGGUUGUGAGAAUAAAAAACAAAUAUGUAUUAAAUGUGGAAUUUACCUCGCAAAGUUUUUUUUAAACAUCUGUCGUCGACCUUGGUGACGUCGAAGUUGCUAUGACAAUAACAAUAGCUGCAUUGAAAAUGACUACCGACGAAGAGAAAUGCAAAAUAGCAAAAUUAUUACAAGGAAUUGAGGUUCCAGAAAUUAAAACAUCGGAAAGGAGUCUCGGGCUGGUCAAGGAGUUUCAAGAGAAAUAUAGUAAAGAAAUAGAGGAAGAGGUUUUGGAAAGCGAAACAUAUGACAAUCCGUACAUCCCCGAUAAACAGCUAUUAGAAGAAAAUGAAAGAAAACUGAAGGCACUAUUAGCAGAGAGCAAACGCGCAAAAAAGGAAAUGAAGUUAGAGAAUAUUAUAUCCACGGUCGCGGACCCUAAGAGACCCUGGCGGAUCCAUACAAAUAAAGAGAAGCUGUUGCGUAUUGAUAACGAAUUGAAACAACACAAAGAGAAGUCCACAAUUGCUAUCACACCAUUGGAAGAGAAUGUCAUGAGGGACUUAAUCAAGAAAUGUCAGGAAGAAUCACUUACCGCACCUUGCGUGGGUCCAGAUAAGUUGAGAGAAACUGUUGACGAAGCACGAAGAUGUUUACCGAAUUUUCAAUAUAAAAAGAUUGAAAAUUCCACAGCGACCGCCAUUCUACCCGAAGCACAUUCAAGUGUAACAACACCAAUCAAUGCCGUGGAAUAUUAACGUUUACUAAAUUUAUUUUCUUUUUCACAUUCCUUAUUAAAAUAUAAUUUUUAAUUGUG